AUGAGUAUGAAAUACCAUGCCUUGAUUAGUUGGGGAUUCAAGAACUCAAAAGCUGAUACAUCCUUAUUCAUUUUUCACUUUGGUAACUCUAUUUUACUCCUGCUAGUCUACGUGGAUGAUGUCAUUGUUACUAGUAAUAAUUCUCAUUUGAUUACAAAACUGAUUAAAUCCCUAGGUAGAAAGUUUGCUCUUAAAGACUUAGGUGCCUUAACUUAUUGCCUUGGCAUUCAACUUCACCAUCUUGAGGCUGGCUUUGUAAUAAAUCAAGCUAAAUAUAUUGAAGAUUUACUUAGUAAGUUGAAUCUCUUUGAUCUUAAUCCAGCUCUUACACCAUGUACCAUGGGCAAGAAGUUGUCAGCUACUGAUGGGGUUCCAUUAUUAGACCCAUAUAUUUAUAGAAGCACUAUUGGUGCUCUUCAAUAUCUCACUCGUACUCGGCCUGACAUUGCAUAUAUAGUGAAUCAUUUAAGUAAGUUUCUGAAAGCCCCUACAGACAUUCAUUGGCAGGCUACCAAAAGAGUACUCAUGUAUGUUAGUGGCAUACGAUACUUUGGAUUACUCUUUGAACCGAGCACAAAUUUGGAUAUCACUGCCUUUUCUAAUGCUGAUUGGGCAUCGAAUAUUGAUGAUAGAUGUUCAGUGGCUACCUAUUGUAUCUUUAUUGAUAAUAACCUUGUCUCAUGGUCAUCGAAAGAGCAAACAGUUAUGGCACGUUCCAGCAUUGAGUUAGAAUACCGAGCUUUAGCUCAAGCAUCAGCUGGAAUCAUUUAG